ACAGCCCUGCAAACCCGGUAACUAAAAAAUGGACAAUCUAGAUUAAAUACGAAGACAAACAGGAGAGAUAACUUGUGAUCAAUAAGAAUUCAUUCAUUUUGAUAAGAGGAAAACUAAGUCGAUAGCCAUAUGUUCCAUUUGACUUUGGACCUUUAACAUGGAUAGUACAGUGCAUUACCAAUGGAUUUUUGGACAGUUUUCAUCACUUCUAUCCAGGAAUGUAAAAUACAUAUAGAAAACAACUAAUGGAGAUUGCAGCCCCUCUUUUAGAAUAUGAUGGCGAAUUAUCAAAAGAUAAAACGAUUUCUCUACCUCCUCUGCUUCUGUAUCGGGACUUCAUGGUAUAUCGUGCUAAAGUAUUACUAUGACAAUGUGGAAAUUACAUAUCAUAAUACCAAAUCACACCUGGCUUGUGUUUUACCUGAGAAUUUAAAUCCAUUCGAUCCGGGUGUGAUGAGGUUUAUUUGGGAUGUGUCACCAAUUAAAUGUGCUAACUGGCCAUCUCUUGUUUAUGUCGAUUCCCAAGGACUCCUACAGAAGAACCGAACAGCAAUGUUUAAUCAUGCCAGAUCAGGUGACCUGACCUGUACAUAUCAAAUUGUGACUAGGAAAAAAGGAGAUAUGGAAGUAGUUUUGGAACCGGAAGUGACGUUUAAAUCUGGCGAUUAUGUUCCUGCUGAUUUCUUUUACAUUGUAUGUAAAAGUGCUGAUGGAAAAAUUGUGUAUAGCAAUAUGCAUCAUGGUAUCAAUAAUAGAAAAACAUUACAAAAGAAAAAAGAGAUAAAUUAUGAGAAAGAAAAAUUUAAUGUGUUUAUUUAUGGAAUUGAUGCUGUAUCGAGACUGAACGCAGAAAGGAAAUUACAGAAGACUAUGAAAUAUCUGAAAAAUAAUAUAGGAGCUUAUGUAUUUGAAGGAUAUACAAAAAUUGGUGGAAAUACUUUUCCAAACAUAGCACCACUUUUGACGGGUAAAGCCAUUGAUGAACUCCCAAGCACGAAAGAUUUUCUUGACGAUUUUCCUUUCCUCUGGAAAAAUUUCUCAAAACAAGGCUAUGCAACAUUUCACGCAGAAGAUUGGCCAGAAAUAUCUACUUUUAACUCCGGAUUAAAAGGAUUUAAUAAACAACCCGUUGACCACUACAUUAGACCAAUGUUUCUUGCCUUCGACAAAGUAUCAUUUUACAAAAAUAAAUUGGACCAAGCACAUAUGUACCUUGCCGAUAAGGGUAUUCGAAUCAGUAGCCAGGGAGGUCUUUGCUUCGGUAACACACCGAAAUUUAGAAUCAUCAUUGAUUAUUACAAACAGUUUAUUGAACGUUAUGGAGAAAAACUUAAAUUUGGUUUAAGCUGGAAUAACGAACUCUGUCACGACUACCUCAAUAAUCUUCAACUAGGAGACGAUGAUAUUUUUCAAUUCGUUUCUUGGAUGCAUACAACAGGUAAACUUAAUAACUCAAUAUUUAUUUUCCUAAGUGAUCAUGGAUACUUAAUGAAUGAGAUUCAAAAUACUUUUGUCGGUAGAUUCGAAGCACGCAUGCCCCUGCUUGCUAUAUCUAUACCACCUGUUCUAAAGCAUAGAUAUCCACAUAUACAUGAAAAUAUGCUUAAGAAUACAAAGCGUUUAAUUACUGUGUAUGAUAUUCAUGAAUUUUUGAAAAAUGUUUUGCUUAGUGAUUUUGUGCCGAAAAAGGAAAAGUUUACAAACUUUUUACCACGGGGGAUUAGUCUCCUUCAGGAAAUCCCCAAAACUAGAUCUUGUAAAAGUGCUCACAUUCCGGAACAUUUCUGUCCGUGCUAUUCUUCUCAGGAAGUGGAACCUAGUAAUCCCACAGUUCGAGACAUGGCUCAUUUUAUUACUUCUAGACUCAAUAAAAAACUACAACAUCUUGCACCAAAAUGCGCUGAAUUGAAGUUAAAAAGGGUAAAUAAUGCCUCCGUUGUUGACUCAAAUCUUGUCAAGACUCCCUCGAGAUUUACAUUACGUAAUUUGAUGUAUCGGUCUGAUAUUGACGGCAGACUUCAUCAGAGGUUUAUCAUUUCUUUAACUACAACCCCUGGAAACGCAAAAUUUGAAUCGACUGUGGAAAGAGAUGCUUCAGGUCACAUGACAAUUUUAGAUGACGUCAUUACUAGAACAAAUAUGUACAAAAACCAGUCUGCGUGUAUACAAGAAAGGUUAAUGAAGCCAUUUUGUUAUUGCUCUAGUCCAUAAAUUUAUAUAGGUUUAUAUUUUUAUAACAUUUUUAUAAAAUAAAUUACAAUACAUGGUGCUUUUAUCAUUUAUAGGAUUGAAAAAAUCCCAAUAUUUUAUAAGUCUUGUACGUGUACUUUCACUUGCAAUUAUAGGAAUGCAGUCUUCUUUAUUUAAAGAUUUGUUUACUCUUUAUCCUUAAUUAGCAUUUAAUUAUGAAAUAUGCAUUCAUUUGUUUUCUUUCUUACCAUAUAAUGUUUUCCAUAUAUUUGUGAUCUAUAUAUAUAUAUAUACCAGAUAGAAAUAUAAAAUGUUCUAGCUUUUUCGUGUUCCUCAAAGACUGUACAUGUACAGUCAUGCUCAACUUUGCGAUUUAUGUUCAUUAAUUUGUUCUUGAAGCAGUUAGAUGCUCAUUAAGUUUUGCUUUUUUGAUGAUUGAUGUUUUAAUUAUUUUGUAACUAAUGGCCAACAUUUGGGCCUUUUUAUUUUAUCUAUCAAUGCAACUAGAAUAAAAUACUCCUUCAUAGUUAUAGAUUUUUUUUGAUUUUUGAGAUCGAAUGCUAUUUUUGAUUUUCACCUUUUUCAUUUAUAUGAUUAAUUUGUCCUUCUCUAACAUUCCAAUUCUACAAUGUUUCAAUUUAGUGUUUUAUUUAUCAUCUUUCUAUAGAAUUUGUGUACUGUUCAGUUAAACUUCUUAUUUAGAUUUUAUUAACUGAUAAGGUGCUUAUUUAAAAGGGUAUUCAUGUAAAAGUUAACUCCCUCUUGUGUACUACUAGCUUUCAAACCUCCUUACAUACGUUUUUUGAAAGACUAAUUUUAAUUUUAUAUUUUAUUUAUGUACAAUGUACAUGUUUAUGAAUGUAAGACAAAUUCCCUGACCUCCGUUUUAUUUGUAACAAUCAUAUUUAGCAUUAGAUAUCUAACAAUCUCUUUUAAAUAAUGCAUUCCAAGGACAAAAAGGACAACUUUUCAUACAACGAUGAACAAUUAGAACAUGAAUUUUGAAUGGUUAAAUUGACGUGACACUAUACAUACACAGACUUUGACAAGAUGGAAUGACAUGGUAGAAAUGCAGAAUGUGGAAUAAUUACACAAUAACCGGUUAUCUUGUAAAUCAAUUAGAGCAGUUUAGAACAAAGAAUUUAAAAUUUUGUAAGCUGAUCGACUUGUUGGAUUAGUUAAUCUUGUCUAUAAUGAUGUUUAAAAGAAUGUGUAGCAAUUGUUUAUCGACCUUUGGUGAUAAACAUAUGGUGAUAAGCUGAACAAAUGUCAAAAAUUGAAACUAUCACAUCGAUAUUGUAUAUCUUCAGCUUAGUGAAUAUAAUUUAUGCAUUUCAUCUUGGACUAAGCAACAAUCAGAAUUAUAAGUGCCUUUAUGAAAGGUUAUUUAUUUAUUAAAUUUUUUAUAAUAUA